AUGUUGCGCGUUCCUCUCCCUGCACCUGUUCUGUGGGCCCUCACGAGCUUCUACCUCUCUCUGCAUUGCAAACUACUUCCGAAUGCAUUGCACAGCGAUGCAGACAGCUACUUGGGCAAGAUUAAUGAUCAUAUUACCCUCGUCCUCGAUGGUCGAGCCAACUUUCGACGUGCAUUCUUUGAUAUCAUGGAUGCUGUGUCUGCAAUUCUUUCUGGAGCCCUCGAAUAUUGUUGGGUGUGCUUGUGCACGAUCGGCUUCCCGCCGACAUGUGUUUCAGUCCCACUGCGGGCGCAGCUUGUGAAAACUCAGGAGCCGACGUUUCGAUACGAUGUUGGAACGCUUGGAACCUGUGCGACGACGGGGUGUUUUGGAGUGGGGGCGCGGGUGCUCGUUGAGCCAGAGACGGUCGUCGAUGUUGCCGCGCCUUUGUCCCAGGCCGACGCGGUGCCCAUCGACCGCCGGACGGUGCACUGUGUUUUACCGACCCCGCGCGUGGAGCCCGGACAACCUUUUCAAUGGGGCCCAAUGCGGGAGGGCGGGUUACGAAAAAGGAGGCGCGGGUCACGAACCUCCGACUUGAGCUCGAUAGUUCUGAGGCUGGGCGGAUUCGGAAGCCUCUUCCUCUUUUUUGAUGCACAGCAGGGUGAGGUCAAGGUAUCAUCCCAUAUCAUACCAUCUAUGCGCAUGACGCGGGCGCAGCAAGAAUACCACACAGGCACGGCGCAGACUAACCAGGGAACGAUGCCAGCGAGUGCUUCCGCGCAGGCCUGCGUCGACCUGAGUACCGGGUUCAAUGAGGGCGCGCGUGGUCUAGUCAAUAGUAAUUUUCAGCCGUUCAAGAUGACCUUGCAGACGGCCACGCAGGCAACCAUCGACUCAAAUCCAGCCCUGGUCACAGCCACUAAAGGAAAGGGUGGAUCUGUACGCAAACGAGUCCCCCUCGCCUGUCUCAAUGAAGGUCCACCCAUCUCGUUGGUAGGCUCGGCGACCGUGAAAGCCAACCAUCCAUUGACACCUAAUCCCUGGGCCUACGUCUAUAGAGAUUGCACGAUUGAAGGCAUGCUGUACGCAUUGACGCGCCUCAGCAUUCCCUAUCGUCCCCAGGCCAAUCUCUUCGUCCAUCACUUCAUUCAUUAUGUCCAUCGUCCCCUCAUGAACUCAUUGCCGUGCUGA